AUGCAAAGAAAGAAAAUGCUAAAAAUUUACUUUCUUUUGGUGACUGGAACUUUAUCGAAAGCCAAUGAUAAAGAAGAGUUCACAUCAAUGGGCAAGAGGUUCGUGUUUUCUCUCCCACGGUUGCUCCAUGGCGACCCAGUCUUGACCUUGUGCCUUACCUCCUACAGAAACACCACGUUUAGUCUUAGAUACGAGCCUCCUCAAGGAAGUUUACAAACGCACAGCAUCAAGGCCAAUGAAACUUUCAGCAUGGAGGAAAUCGUCCGGGACAAAUACGACUCUGCGGUAGGAGUCAGGAGAAGUUAUAUCUUAACGUCAGAGACACCAGUUGAGGUCGUGGCGUUCCUCAGUACUGACUUGUCAAUAUCUUCCUUCAAGCUGCUCCCAGUCAGCAGUUGGGGCGACAAAUAUUACGCAGUGACCGCCAAGUAA